AGGCCAGCAGCAAUGAAGCACUGCUUCUACAACGAGACCGUGGGCUUCUUCUACAACAACAGCCGCAAGGAGCUGACCACGUACUGGAGGACCAAGGAUGUGCUGGUGGUGGCCUUGGGCCUGACGGUGAGCGUCAUCGUGCUCCUCACCAACCUGCUGGUCAUCACGGCCAUCAUCAUCAACCGCCGCUUCCACUACCCCAUCUACUACCUGCUGGGCAACUUGGCUGCUGCAGACCUCUUUGCUGGCAUCGCUUACAUGUUCCUCAUGUUCCACACCGGGCCCAGGACAGCGGAGCUCUCCCUGAAGACCUGGUUCAUCCGUCAGAGCCUGCUGGACACCAGUUUGACGGCCUCCGUGGUGAACCUGCUGGCCAUCGCUGUGGAGAGGCACCAGACUGUGUUCACCAUGCAGCUCCACAGCAAGAUGUCCAACCAGAGGGUGAUGAUCCUCAUCUUCUGCAUCUGGGUCACGGCCCUGCUCCUGGGGCUCAUCCCAUCCUAUGGCUGGCACUGCCUCUGUGCGCUGGACAAGUGCUCCAGUAUGGCCCCGCUCUACAGCAGGAGCUACCUGACCUUCUGGGCCAUCUCCAACCUGGUCAUCUUCCUCAUCAUGGUGGUGGUCUACACGCACAUCUUCAUCUACGUCAAGAGGAAGAUGACGCGGAUGUCCAAGCACACGAGCUUCCACCCGCGCUACAGGGAGACCAUGAUCAGCCUGGUCAAGACGGUCACCAUCAUCCUGAGUGCUUUCGUUAUCUGCUGGACCCCAGGCCAAGUGGUGCUCCUCCUGGAUGGCCUGGGCUGCAAGAGCUGCAACGUGCUGGCGGUGGAGAAGUACGUGCUGCUGCUGGCCGAGAUCAACUCCCUGAUCAACGCCAUCGUGUACUCGUACAGGGACAGCGAGAUGCGCAGCACCUUCCGCAGGAUCCUCUGCUGUGCUUGCCACAGCAAUGCCAAGUACACCCCCACGGCGGUGAAGCUGAACACGGCCGACCGCAGGACUCUGUCCCAGAACGGGCACUUCACUGUGGAUUCCUCUAUUUAG